AUGGCGGCGAAAAACUGGCUCACGCUCUUUGCGUUUUCCUGCAGCGCUGCCGCAAACGCAGUGAUGUUCAUGGAUUUCGUUGUCCUGAGCGAAUUGUCGGCCAAUGCCUUUGGCGUCACGCCAGCCGACAUCGCCGCGACCUACAGCCUGGGCUUGUUCACCACCUUGCCCGUUGCGUUCCUCGUGGUGUACUUCCUGCCGAGGCGGAGCUACUGGGUCUUCUUUUGUGGCGCUUUUUGCAACAGCUUGGGGGCUUGGUUGCGCUGGAUGGCGUUGGCAAACGGCGACUGGAAUCUGUGCCUAAUCUCUACCGUCAGCAUCGGCUUUGGCUUUGCUGUUUGCUGCAUGUCCUUCGCUGUCGUGGGCGAGCGGUGGUUUCCACCUGAGCAGCAGAUGCUGACCACCUCCAUCGGCGUUCAGUCCAACUAUGCGGGGUGGUGCUUCGGCGCCUUGCUCAUACCCACGCUGGUGAAAACUGCCGAAGACCACGAGCGCUUCAUGUUCGUGCAGGCGAUCGCUACCUCCUUUGUCGUCGUUUUCUUCUUCCUUUUCCACAACGAGUCUGUGGCCAAGCCUCAGCCGGAGGACAUUCCGUCAGUCGGGAAAAGCCUUGGCGCACUCUGCAUAAACAAAAUUUAUUGGGUGAGGCUGGGGAGCUACGCGACGGUUGGCGCUGUGAGCUACACGAUCCCUGCAGUGCAGGACGCGUUGUUGGCAGAAACGUUGGAUGCCACGCCCGAUUUCACGAAGUGGACGGACACUGCCUUCAUCGCGACCGGAGUCAUCACGGGGCUCGUCCUAUCGGCUCGCGAACCAAAAAAUCCGCGCAUGCUCAUCAAGGUGCUCUUCGUCGGCUGUGCCGUUUCCUUGGGCGUGGCUGCGUGGCUCGUGUCGCCCUUGGCCGAAGGACUCGCCAUGGCCCCAAGAAGGGGCGCGCUCAGUGUGGCCAUGGCAAUUGCGGGAGGAACGUCCUUGGGCUUUCUUGGCAUUGCGCUGGCGCAGAUCACGCACGAUGCGCCGGACGUGCAUGAAGCUUACUCCGCCGGUGCCGUGGAGUGGUUUGUGCAGGCUGGUGGCUCGUUCUUGUCGUACAACGCCAUCAACGCCCAAGGCUUUGUGAUCUGCGCUGCACUUGUCAUUGCUGCCACGCUCUCGCUUCUGUCAGCGGAGUGCCUCGCCGGGGAGACGGCAGCGAACGAGGGCGGCAGUGGGAAGGACUCCACCAAGCCACCCAAGGAUUCGCGGGGUACCCACCCUUCGACCUUCGUUUGA